ACCGAUAGCAUUAAUAAGGAUAAAAUAAUCAAGAUUCGACCAAGAGGGUUGCCAUGUAUGCUUAGACUCAUCCUUUUAAGUAAAGGUAUCCUAUCCUCGCAUUCAGUUGAGAACCUGUUGCGGGACUUACAAGUAGCAUCCACACAGAACAUCCACAGCCUCCAGGAUGGUAUGGGAACCUUCAUCGUGUUGUGGGAUCGGCAGGAGGACAGCCGGUUACAUCAUAGCCUCCAUUACAGCCAUUUACUGUAUAUUUGACUCGGUUCUCACCCUUUACUAUUUGUCCAACGGGCAAUUUAAUUUGUUCAUGGAAGACUAUUGCAAGAAGCUGACAGAUGCUGAAUACCCAACCUCGAAUUGUAUUGACAUAGCGCACAGAACCUUUAAUGGAGUAAUAUCGAUCCGACUGGUGAUGGAGAUUCUUCAUAUCAUCUUUAGCUUCCUCCUCAUCCGUGGCAUCAGAACGAAAAAUCCACGUCUGAUGGUUCCCUACCUGGUGAUGAUGUUGAUUGCUAUCGUCUUGUUGACACUGUCUGCUGCAUUCAUAGUAGUAGUACUCAUGCUUUUGAGCGUCAGGAUUGGUAUGGUACUGGCAAUCAUCUUCGGAGGAGUUAUUUUCAUCAUGACUUACUUCAACCUCGUGGUUCGAGCCUAUUACAAGGAGAUAAAUGGACCUGUAAUGAAUAACUUCAAGACACUGAAAGCUUAAGAGAAAAAGAGCUCUGAGCGCAGAAUCCUGGACUACGUCGACGAGCAUCACCGAUAACAGGAUGUGAAACUUGAUUGCUGUGGUUGAUCUCGUGUUAAAUUUGGAGAUUCUCACAUAUUUCUUUUCCUUUUUUUAUCUUUAAUUGAAGACUGUUGUAUUUAAAUCCAAAGAUAUACAAAUUUUUAUUAAUGAAUAUUUUUAUCCUUCAGUUCAAUUAUUAGGAAAAUGUAUUCAUUAACCAUCACGUCCCUACUAGUAUUAGGCAUUUGUUAAGUGAAGGUUUACCAAAUGUUGCUGAAACGUUUGCUACUUGUCAUCAGAGUUAUUUUGUCAAUGUUUAACAAAUAAAAGCCCAAAAUACAUUUC